UUUUGUGUGCCGCUUUUUUUUUUUUUUCUUUUGAUAUUGUUGAACGAUUUGAAUUCAUACUUCUACUUCUUGGGUUGUCCAACUAGGAAGGGAAAGUUUUUGUCACACACUCACACAUGACACAUCCUACCUCCUAAAAUAAAAUGUUGCUAUGUUUCUAACUAAUUUAACUACCCACAACAGAAUUUCCACUCUUUUACACGCUGUCAGCUCAUGCCGCUCCCUUUGGCAUUGUCAGGCAAUCCAUGCAAUUGUAAUCAAAUCCCGCUUUAUCAACGAUGGAUUUAUCGGUGAUCGAUUGGUUUCGUUGUACUCAAAUUUGGGUUCCAGCGAUUAUGCACAUAAGCUGUUUGAUGAAAUUCCUGAGAAAGAUUUAGUGUCCUGGAAUUCCUUCAUUUCUGGGUUUUCUAAACGAGGGAUUCUUGAUUUUUGCUUGGAUGCGUUUGGUCGUAUGCGGAACAUGGCGGACCUCAAGCCUAAUGAGGUUACUCUUAUAUCAGUAGUUUCAGCUUGUACGGUUGAUGGAGCUUUGUAUGAAGGGAGAUGCAUUCAUGGGUUUGGUGUAAAAAUGGGAUUUAUGGGGGAAGUUAAGGUCGUUAAUGCUUUGAUUAACAUGUAUGGCAAGUUGGGUAUGUUAGAUGCUGCCUAUGUAUUGUUUAAUGGCAUGAGAACGCGUAGUUUGGUUUCGUGGAACUCUAUUCUUGCUGUACAUGCUCAACAUGGGGCGUCCAAUGAAGUUAUGGGGUUGUUUAUUUCAAUGAGAAGAGUUGGAGUUAAGCCUGAUCAAGCUACUAUGGUUGCUUUACUUCAAGGAUGCACUGAAUUAGGGAUUGCCAAACAGGCAAGAGUUGUUCAUGCUUGCAUUUUCAAGUGUGGGUUUGAGGGUGAUAUGCUUGUUUGGACAUCUCUAAUGAGCUUGUAUGCGAAAUCGGGAGAGUUGAAUGCAGCAGAAAUUGUUUUUGGAGAGUUAAAAGAUCCAGAUGCAGUAGCUUGGACGUCUAUAGUUGCGAGCUAUGCUAUGCACGGGUGUGGGAGUGAAGCAAUCAUGCUUUUUGAGGACAUGAUCGAUAGUGGGAAUCGACCUGAUCAUGUUACCUUGACUCAUUUGUUAAAUGCUUGCAGCCAUGGUGGUCUUGUUUCAGAGGGAAGGAAAUACUUUGAAGAUAUGUCCAGGGUUUAUGGAGUUCAUCCUAGGAUAGAUCAUUAUUCAUGCAUGGUUGAUUUAUUAGGUCGUGCUGGGUUAAUGGAAGAUGCAAUUAGGCUGAUUAGGAGCAUGCCAAUGGAGCCAAAUGCUGGCGUUUGGGGUGCUCUUCUCGGUGCUUGUAGGAUUCACAACAAUGUAGAGUUAGGAAAGGAAGCAGCGGAGAAUUUGUUUAUGUUAAAUUCAUCCGAUCACAGAAACUAUAUCAUGUUGUCAAAUAUAUAUUCUGCAUCCGGUCAAUGGAAAGAUGCUUCCAAAAUCAGGUCUUUGAUGAAAGGAAGGCAUUUAGUUGGGAACCCAGGAUACAGUCUGAUUGAACAUGGAAACAGAGUAUAUCAGUUUACAGUGGGAGAUCAGUCUCAUCCAGAUUCGGACAAGAUCUAUGCCAAACUGGAAGAAAUUGUUAAGAAGAUUGAUGAAGCAGGGUUAGCUCGCCAAACAGAAUUUAUCUUACAUGAUGUUGCAGAGGAAAUCAAGUUAGAUAUGAUCAAUAAACACAGCGAGAAGUUAGCUCUUGCUUUUGGUUUGCUGGUAACAACUACUAGCAUGCCAAUUACUAUAAUAAAGAACCUCAGAAUCUGUGGUGACUGUCACUCCGUCAUGAAGGUUGUGUCGUUGAUCGAGAAGCGUAUAAUCAUUGUCCGGGAUUCUAAACGGUUUCAUCAUUUUGCCAAUGGAAUUUGUUCUUGCAAGGAUUAUUGGUAAUAAUAUUAUUUGAACUAUUGUUUGUCAGUCAGUGUAUGAAGAUUAUUCAUUUGUCUGAUCAUGAUGAAUGCAAGAAUUAUAAUGUUAAGCUGCAA